AUGUUGGCAUCACUUAGUCGGAAUGAAUUUGGAAAGGUAGAGUUUGAUUUCAUCACAUGCACAAUAUGUCCGGCGAUGAAAACGAUUGUUAUGCCGACCUCCGGCUCUACCCUAGAGAUGCGGAUAUUGCUCUCAAAUAUCCUUGGUUUGACUGUUGAGUCUGUCGAGUUUUACAGAAAAGAAACCAAGGGGUUUUUUCCUGUUUUAGAUGAGUCAAUGGGGGUUGGACAUUAUUAUGUUCUAUUGCGGAUCCGUGGUGGAAAAGGUGGAUUCCGCAAGCAGCUUGAAAAAAAAGGAAGAGCAUUUGCAAGAGCGAGGAGGUUACGAGGAUCCAACCAAAUGGCUGACCAUCCAACGCCGAAAAAAGGAGCCGAGGUGGAUUUAAGCAAGGAGACAGAAGACAAAGAACGUGAGCUCACUGAGAAGACGUCUUCAGGGGAGGAAAUAUUACAGUCAAAUAUUGUUGUAAUCUGCAAAAUUCGGGAUGCGGUUCGUAUAGGAGUAAAGCGAACUAUUGAGAGUUUGGUUUGCACCGGCACAUGA